GUAUACAUAAAUAUUGCAAACAAAAGAAAAGAUCGAUGGAAGGAGAUCAGCCAGGCCAACCCAAUAUUUGAUCCGCCUCCUUCCUCCUUCCUCCUUGUUUUCUCCUUUCUCUCGUUCGAGUGGCGAAAAAGAAAGAAAAUGGCGUUUGCGAUGAGGGUUAAGGUACCUCCGAACUCAGCCACUUUGGCAGAAGCUAGGCAUCGGACCUUUGAUUUCUUCCGUACAGCCUGCAGAUCCAUUCCUGCGAUCAUGGAUAUAUAUAAUCUAUACGAUGUUGUUAACCCUUCUCAGCUUCGCUCCACCAUCGCUUCCGAAAUCCGCAAGAACGCUCAUAUCACUAACCCUAAGGUGAUUGAUAUGCUGCUGUUCAAGGGAAUGGAAGAGUUGAGCAACAUAACGGAGCAUGCGAAGCAACGACAUCAUAUCAUUGGACAGUAUGUGGUGGGCAAUCAGGGACUUGUUCAAGAUGUGGCCACAAAGGAUGAGGAACUGUCCAACUUUCUAAAAAAUUUCUACAAAAGCAACUACUUUUGAAAGCAGCUGCAUCAUGUCUUCUUUUUGGGUGUCAAUUUCUUCCCCAAUAAAUAUAUGUUGUUAUUGGACAUGAUAUCCUUUUGCUGAUUAGAAGCAAUGUUGUUGGAUAUUGGAACAAGUUUUUCCUGUCUUGUUUUCUAGGUUGGUUCUCUAUUUUCUGCACCUGGUAUGGAAAUUGAUGCUUGUUUAUUCACUUUCUUCAUAUUUUGAGGUA